AUGUCCAGUUCUGUGGCAAUUUCUGUGCUACAGGCGAAUGUGAGAAUUCUAUUAUUUCUAUUCAUUCUGACGUCAUUUGUUGGAUGUAUUAUUGAGAUCACUUAUUUGAAACUGGAACCUACCGUAUAUGAUCAUGCUCUGGGUUUCGGCGAACUUCACGAAGGGGAUGGACUUCCUGUUUCUGCUGAGCCAGGACUGACUCAUGACAUCCUCGUAUCCCGCACGUCGGUCCGGCCAAAAGCUUGCAAUCAAGUGACUGGGAGGUGCAAGGGAGGCGGUUUGGAGUCGCCUCCAACAAAUAAGCUCCACAUGUCCACACCGGGAGAACGAAAGUUCUCCCAGAAACUCAUGGGACUAGAGGCUUGCAACCUGCCCAUGGGAACAUGCGACAGUAGAGGUGUUGGUGGAGUUGGCGUCCUCGUCAACACGAAUAUUGCAAAGAACAUCGACUCUUUCGAACAACUUACGACCCGUAUCGGACGUCUGCGGAUGAGAAGAUGUGGUCCAGCACCAGCCUUGGCUAUCUUCGUCGCUUACGCUCCAACAUCAAGCUACGAAGAAGAAGUGGACGCUUUCUAUAUGGACCUGGAGAAGUUCUACCGAGAAAAUCACGCCUUCUAUAAGGUCAUAAUUGGCGAUUUCAACACCAAAGUUGGCCCAAGAAGAACGCCGGAGGAACUUCACAUCGGUACCCACGACCUACAAUGGAAUGACCAGGGAGAGAGGCUCUCCGAGUUCAUCAUGACGACUAAGACCAUCCAUGGGAACUCGCAAUUUCAGAAGCCCUCUUCUUUACGCUGGACGUGGGAGUCACCCGGUGGAGGGUACCGUAAUGAAAUAGACCAUAUCAUCGUCAAUAGAAGGUUCUGCCUGACGGACGUCGGUGUUGUACCAAAGUUCUAUACGGGAUCAGACCAUCGCCUCCUCCGAGGAAGAUUUUCCUUCACAAGGAGAGCAGAGAAAGCCGCCAAGUUCAGAGAGAGAAAUCCCAGGACUACCAUCAACUGGGAUCUCUUCGCUACGCUAGCCUGCUUUUGGGAAGAUUCUGCAAUGGACAACAUCGACGAGGAAUAUGACCGGCUUGUCGAACACCUUCACGACUGCGCGAAGAAGGCUGAGAGUUUUAAAACCACCAGGAGGCGAUUGUCUCUUGAAACUCUUGAGCUGAUACGCCAGCGUGGAGCAGCACGAGCCGCAGGGAACCAAGAACUCACGUCCGAGCUCGCAAGGCUUUGCCGAGAGGCGAUAAAGGAAGACCUUAAAGAGAGAAGAGCAGAAGUGCUGGCUGAAGCUGCAGAGGCGUGGAAAAGCAUCCGCUAUGCCCGUCGAGACUUCGCCAGUCGCAAGACGAGGAUGACUGCUCUCCAGAACCCAAAGGGAACAGCCAUUGCAUCGAGAAGGGGGGAUGGAGAAAAUCAUCUACGACUUCUACUCUGA